GUGUUCAGCAGAUUCGUUAACAAGAAGACACGGAAGAGACGCAGGUUACCAUCACGCUGCGAUUUUGGAGGUGGGCGCAAUGGUACUGCAAAAUAUGUUCAGCGCCUUAUCCUUCCUCCAUUAUCGCAAAGAUGACGACUUUGUUGAUCGGCUUUCCUACUUCUACACGUCGUCGUUUUUAAUUAUGAUGGCUGUUUUAGUCAGCUUUAAACAGUUUGGAGGUAGACCCUUGGAAUGUUGGGUACCUGCACAAUUUACUAGUUCUUGGGAGGCGUACACAGAAAUGUACUGCUGGGCACAAAAUACCUAUUGGGUGCCUAUAGACCAGGAUAUUCCGGACGAAAUUUCCGAGCGUGAGUAUAGGCAGAUAUCAUAUUAUCAAUGGGUACCGUUCUUUCUUCUAAUUGAAGCCUUUCUGUACUAUAUUCCUUGCCUUAUGUGGCGCUUGAUGAGUGAUAAAUCAGGUAUACGCUUGAACGAUAUCGUACAGCUAGCAACGGAGAAAGAAAAUAUUGAGUCUGACUAUAGACUACGUACUAUUGAGUCUCUUUCCAGGCAUAUUGAAUAUCAACAUACCGCAACGUCUCGAACUCAGUACACACUACACAGAGUUUUCAAGUGCUUUAAUAUGCGAUAUUAUGAGAGCUAUGUUACUGGAUUAUACCUCGCAACAAAAAUAAUGUAUGUAGGAAAUAUUUUGACAAAUCUGAUAUUAGUCAACAAGUUUCUUGAAACUGACGAAUAUUCGAUAUAUGGGAUUGGUGUUGUUCGUGAUCUUCUUUUUGGCCGUACUUGGAUGGAGUCUGGAAACUUUCCUCGUGUCACUUUAUGCGAUUUCGAAGUGCGUGUUUUAGGAAACAACCAACGUCAUUCAGUUCAAUGUGUUUUGGUGAUUAACAUAUUCAACGAAAAAAUUUUUAUUCUUAUAUGGUUGUGGUUUUCUGUACUUUUUGUUGCUGCUACACUGGACGCUUUAUAUUGGUUUAGUAUAUCACUGUUUCAUAGAGACCGUUUUCGUUUUGUUCUGCGUCAUUUGGAACUGACCACAGAUCCAGAUAGGCCAGAAUUGUUCAGGAAAGAAAAAAGAAAACAAGUGGAGCAUUUUCUGAAAACUUAUCUGAAGGUGGACGGAGUUUUAGUACUUCGUAUGAUAGCGCUUCAUGCUGGUGUUAUGUACUGUACAGAAAUUACUGAUGCAUUGUGGAAAAGAUACCUCUCGCAGCACCCAGAAAAUUUGAUUGAUGAAGAUUCUUCAUUAAUCAAUUUUGCUCGGACGCAGUCGAUUCGGCGAAGUCGGGCUGGUGGUGGCGAUACGCAUCCCUUACAGGCCAAUCGCACUCACGAACCACUCUCUCGGUUCUUAUCAAAUCGAAGCCAGGAUUCAGUCCCGUGAGU